CAUACGGAGCUGAGGAGGAUUCAGAGGAGGAGCCAGAGUGACCUCACUGAACUUUAUAUCACCCCAGCUAUACACCACCACUGAUCAGGGGGCAUCAUUUAGGAGGGCUAUGGACAAACUCCUUGCUUGAGUAUGUUUUGGACUGUGGAAAGAACCAAGAGAAAUCACAAAAAAAUUGGAAAGAACAUACAAACUCCACACCAUAAUCAUCAGAAUUGGUCCCAUGUGAGACAGCAAAGCAAACCGUGCCCUGAGCCAGCUGCCAUCCACAUUAUUGUUAAUGGGUACUGAGUCUGAACCUCAUGUACCAAGCUCCAAAAAGGGUCCCAGGUUACCGACAUCUGGCUCUGAUGGUGUUAUGCUGCUAGGAGAUUCUGGUGUUGGAAAGACCUGUUUUCUCAUCCAAUUUAAAGAUGGGGCGUUUCUCUCAGGCACCUUCCUGGCAACUGUGGGCAUUGAUUUCCGGAAUAAAGUGAUUACUGUGGAUGGAUUAAAGGUGAACUUGCAGAUCUGGGACACGGCUGGUCAGGAGCGCUUUCGGAGUGUCACACAUGCUUAUUACAGAGAUGCACAGGCUCUGCUCCUGUUGUAUGACAUCACAAGCAAGACAUCAUUUGACAACAUCCGUGCCUGGCUUACAGAGGUUCAUGAAUUUUCAAACAAGGAUGUGGUCAUCAUGUUGCUCGGCAACAAGAGUGACAUAACUAGCGGACGUGUUGUCAGAACUGAAGAUGGGGAGUCUUUGGCGAAGGAGUAUGGAAUCCCCUUCAUGGAAACUAGUGCAAAGACCGGUGUGAAUGUGGAACUGGCAUUUAUGGCUGUAGCUAAGGAGCUGAAGCAGAGGUCAAGCCAUCAGGAUGAACCAAAAUUUCAGAUCCAUCAGUACAUUGAAUCUCAGAAGAAGAAAAGCAGCUGCUGUGGAUUCCUUUGAUCAUGUAGUGGGCUUUAACCCCAGCUGAAGUAAAUCUUGUUCUCUGGAUCCAGAAAUGACUGUAGACUUGUGGAAACAAUUUGAGCCAUGAAACUGCCAAACUCAGGAUUGGAGGAUGUCCAUAGCCCCUCUUAGAUGGCUUUAUUCGGACCCUUGAGUACCUUGUUGCUUUUUUAUUUCUUCCAAUUAUAAGUAGUGCUCAUAAAAACUGUUACAUCUGCUCUGUUGUGGGAUCUACCUACAGAGCGAUUUAUGUAGAUAGAAAGCUGUCCCUUCACCAUCAGAAAAAAGUGCCAAAAAGAUUUACAUGAACAAGACAUCCACAAGAGCAUUUUAUAUCCCUAUUAAUAUAUGGUACACCACAAUGCCAUUUUCUCUCAUUCUUUUCCUGUUUUAUAUUGUACCGUAUGUUUCAAAGCGGAGAUUUGUUUACAUUUGUAGCUAUAGAGUAAUGUAUUGGUUUUACUGUAACUAGUGUCUCAUAUCAGUGCCAGGGGGAAACCCAGCUCACCUAGCUUUGGUGUGAGACACUAAUAACAGAUUUAUCUAAAAAUGAGGAUAUAGUGUGUGCUUAUUGUUUGUUACCUUAAAUGCAAUAUAUUCAAGUUGAAAGAAUAUAAAAUACUUUGUUGAUGUUAUUAUAUUUGUGUCCGUUUGCUACUUAUGCAUAGGCAGAACAGGACAUUUGGCUAGGUAAUAAAAAAAUAAAUAUACCUCU